CAAGGAGGAGAUGCGCAUCCUGAUGCUCGGCCUGGACGCGGCGGGGAAGACGACCGUCCUGUACAAGCUGAAGCUCGGGGAGGUCGUGACGACGAUCCCGACGGUGGGCUUCAACGUGGAGAGCGUGGAGUACAAGAACAUCAGCUUCACCGUGUGGGACGUCGGCGGGCAGGACAAGAUCCGCCGCCUCUGGCGCUACUACUUCCAGGGCACCCAGGGGCUCGUCUUCGUGGUGGACAGCAGCGACCGGGACCGCGUGGAGGACGCGCGGGAAGAGCUGAUGCAGGUGCUCGGCGAGGACGAGAUGCGGGGCGCCGCCCUGCUCGUGCUGGCCAACAAGCAGGACCUGCCCAACGCCAUGCCCGCUGCGGAGCUGACGGAGAAGCUGGGCCUCCAGGGCCUCCGCGCCCGGCGGUGGUACAUCCAGUCGGCGUGCGCCACUUCUGGCGACGGCCUGUACGAGGGGAUGGACUGGAUGUCGCGCGUGCUGUCGUCCAGGAAGUGAGCGCCGCCGGGGGGGGCGCGAGCCCGCUUGCCUUUUUGCUCGCUCGUCUGCCGCGCGAUCGGGGGGGGGGGGGGCCCGGCCAGUGCAGCCCUGCUUCGAGGCGGGGAGCGGCUCGGCGCCGACGCGCGUUUUUUUUUGUUUGUUUGUUUGUUUGUUUGUCUGCUCGCUCACUCUCCCCGCAGAGCCCGGUCGAUGCAGCCCUGCUUCCCGAGGCGGGGGGCGGCCGCGGCCGCGCACUCGGAGCGGCCAGCCGUGGGACUCGUGUACAGUGCGAUCGCGGAGAGCCAGCUCGCAGAGGGGAUGGGCAUUGUGUUCACCAAGAUCUGGCAGCGCAUGGUCAGCAAGGAGGAGAUGCGCAUCCUGAUGCUCGGCCUGGACGCGGCGGGGAAGACGACCGUCCUGUACAAGCUGAAGCUAGGGGAGGUCGUGACGACGAUCCCGACGGUGGGCUUCAACGUGGAGAGCGUGGAGUACAAGAACAUCAGCUUCACAGUGUGGGACGUCGGCGGGCAGGACAAGAUCCGCCGCCUCUGGCGCUACUACUUCCAGGGCACCCAGGGGCUCGUCUUCGUGGUGGACAGCAGCGACCGGGACCGCGUGGAGGACGCGCGGGAAGAGCUGAUGCAGGUGCUCGGCGAGGACGAGAUGCGGGGCGCCGCCCUGCUCGUGCUGGCCAACAAGCAGGACCUGCCCAACGCCAUGCCCGCUGCGGAGCUGACGGAGAAGCUGGGCCUCCAGGGCCUCCGCGCCCGGCGGUGGUACAUCCAGUCGGCGUGCGCCACUUCUGGCGACGGCCUGUACGAGGGGAUGGACUGGAUGUCGCGCGUGCUGUCGUCCAGGCGGGGGGCGGCCGCGGCCGCGCACUCGGAGCGGCCAGCCGUGGGACUCGUGUACAGUGCGAUCGCGGAGAGCCAGCUCGCAGAGGGGAUGGGCAUUGUGUUCACCAAGAUCUGGCAGCGCAUGGUCAGCAAGGAGGAGAUGCGCAUCCUGAUGCUCGGCCUGGACGCGGUCGUGACGACGAUCCCGACGGUGGGCUUCAACGUGGAGAGCGUGGAGUACAAGAACAUCAGCUUCACCGUGUGGGACGUCGGCGGGCAGGACAAGAUCCGCCGGCUCUGGCGCUACUACUUCCAGGGCACCCAGGGGCUCGUCUUCGUGGUGGACAGCAGCGACCGGGACCGCGUGGAGGACGCGCGGGAAGAGCUGAUGCAGGUGCUCGGCGAGGACGAGAUGCGGGGCGCCGCCCUGCUCGUGCUGGCCAACAAGCAGGACCUGCCCAACGCCAUGCCCGCUGCGGAGCUGACGGAGAAGCUGGGCCUCCAGGGCCUCCGCGCCCGGCAGUGGUACAUCCAGUCGGCGUGCGCCACCUCUGGCGACGGCCUGUACGAGGGGAUGGACUGGAUGUCGCGCGUGCUGUCGUCCAGGCGGGGGGCGGCCGCGGCCGCGCACUCGGAGCGGCCAGCCGUGGGACUCGUGUACAGUGCGAUCGCGGAGAGCCAGCUCGCAGAGGGGAUGGGCAUUGUGUUCACCAAGAUCUGGCAGCGCAUGGUCAGCAAGGAGGAGAUGCGCAUCCUGAUGCUCGGCCUGGACGCGGCGGGGAAGACGACCGUCCUGUACAAGCUGAAGCUCGGGGAGGUCGUGACGACGAUCCCGACGGUGGGCUUCAACGUGGAGAGCGUGGAGUACAAGAACAUCAGCUUCACCGUGUGGGACGUCGGCGGGCAGGACAAGAUCCGCCGGCUCUGGCGCUACUACUUCCAGGGCACCCAGGGGCUCGUCUUCGUGGUGGACAGCAGCGACCGGGACCGCGUGGAGGACGCGCGGGAAGAGCUGAUGCAGGUGCUCGGCGAGGACGAGAUGCGGGGCGCCGCCCUGCUCGUGCUGGCCAACAAGCAGGACCUGCCCAACGCCAUGCCCGCUGCGGAGCUGACGGAGAAGCUGGGCCUCCAGGGCCUCCGCGCCCGGCAGUGGUACAUCCAGUCGGCGUGCGCCACCUCUGGCGACGGCCUGUACGAGGGGAUGGACUGGAUGUCGCGCGUGCUGUCGUCCAGGAA